UGGAUUGUAGCCUUUGAUGUGAUCAUGGUAGGCGUCGCUUUUAAAUCAGCUAUAACUACAAGCGUUUAACCUAAACUUUUAUUAGUUUUACUUGCAAGCCUUACGGAUUGUACUGAAGAGACUUGGUCGCAGGUUCGAUCAAGUAUCGGAAGGUGAUAAAAGAGCAAAUCAGCCCUAACGUCGAGAGUACAAUAAUUUUAUAAACUCUAUUUAUAACAGCUUCAAAUAAAUCUAAAAAAAUAUAUCAUACAUAUAACUUAUUUUUCAAAGAAAUUGACAAAGAAAUUGCCAUUAUGCAUUCCAAAGCACUCUACAUUACAAGUCUUUUGCUAUUUAUUUUUUACACAAGUGCACAAGAUAUUACCUACUCCGGAGACACGACAACAGCCAUCGAGACAACCUACACAGACGUCACUAUAACAACAUUACUGAGCACUGCAGCAUAUACCACUUUACCAACAACUAUACAAACCACAGAACCACCGUGUACGCCUGCUCAAGCUCUGUUUCAAGCUGGUGGUAUUCCAUUACUGCCAGAAGAUGAUACGUAUCAGCAUCUUUGUUUCCCAGUCGAUGUUCCAAUUAACAACGAAAAGGUGGAUUGUGUUUAUAUUUAUGUAAAUGGAUUGAUAAGCACCAAGCCUACGUUCAGCUAUGAGGCCGAAAAUCUUCUGUCUUCAGAUUCAUAUACGUUUGCGCCUUUCUGGUCAGACAUUGAUAUUCGUGCACAGGGAAGCGUAUCCUACAGGGAGGUAGAAAAAUAUCCCGUAUCUCGAGAUAGCACUACUCACACCAGUCUCUUAGGCGAAAUAAAUGAAUUUAUUAAGACGAAAGGACAGAUUAAUAAUUUUGACACAGUAUACGCAUUGAUUGUUACUUGGACAGAGGUUAUACCUCAUCGUGCAGCAGAAACGGAAAAGAGCUUAACAUUCCAGUUUAUUUUGGCUACGGACGGAGCAUUUACAUACGCUGCUUACAUAUACGAUACUUGCAACGCGACCUGGGAUUUCGAGUUUGAUGUGGCAAUGGGAUAUGCUGCUGGUGCUACUAACGUUUACAACAAUUUAAAGUCAUUAACGGAUACCAUUAUUAGUGAUAGUCUGCUACCUGGGAGAGAGGGUGAAGCAACGUGGGUAUUUUUGGUGUCUAGCGAGUCUCCACAAAAUUUCAAACUUCAAUGCCUUGAAUGGCAUUGGGAUAAUAAAGAUGUACAGUUGAUCAAUUCGAACGAAAUGGUACAAUGUCCAUGUACGGUAAAUCAAAUGCAAAUCUUUGUAAGCUUUCAGUUCUUUCAAGAAAGCGGCUGUUACCAUCACGCUAUGGAUUUCCAAGGGCAAAGCAAGAUUUGUUGUUAUGACGAAAAUACCGGUUCAUUAGUAAGGGGCAAUGUGGAAAAGAAUGUAUAUUACAAUCAAUUGUGGACAUCAGAAGAUUACGAACCAUAUCAACAUUGCUGCAAAGACUCAAAUUAUUGCAAUAUUUUUUAUGAAAACAGGCCCAAAGAUGAUUGUAAAUUAUGGCAACAACAACCAGCAUCAUUCAUGUUUGGUGAUCCUCACUUCAGAACACUUGAUGGAUUACGCUAUACCUUUAAUGGCUUUGGUGAGUUCGAUUUACUGAAUAUUUUCAACAGCUCAGACGAUUCACCAAUCUUAAAGAUACAAUGUCGAACCAGAAAAAUCGAUACCGGAGAGGCAACAGUAUUCGAGGCGUUUGCAUUUAAAACACCGUUAACUAACGUACAAGUAAUGACAUCCCUCAACGCAGAAGCUGUAGUUAUUAACGAAAAUUCCACAGAGCUGACUCAGUUUAAAUCGGACAAGAAUUUCCAGUUGCGACAGCAUGGAGUUUUUAUACGAAGACCUUCACCUGACAAAGAAACUUAUUGGAUUUCUUUCUCCAGUGGUAUCACUGCCAGUAUCACAUACGCAGAUAAACUCUUAAACAUUGGUAUUUCUAUGACUUUAAACAAGUCGUUGAUAUACACAAACGGGCUGCUAGGAACGUUCAAUGGCAACAAAACCGAUGACCUCCAGCUUCGUAAUAAGACCUAUCUUUCAGCUGAUUCAGACGAAGAGACUAUUUACAGAAAAUUCGGUUUAAACUGGGCCACCACUGAUUCAAUAUUUCAAUACGAAAAUGGUCGAACUGCGAGCAGUUAUCGUCAUCUAGAUUAUGUACCAGUUUUUUGGAGCAACAACUUCACCACUAACUCUACCGUGAAUACUUUCUGUAAAAAUGAACAGUCGUGUAUCUACGAUUACGUGCAAACGAAAGAUGAGUCUAUAGCACGCGGGACUCGAGAUAUGGUUGACACGAUAGCCCUUAUUUCACUGCUAGAACUUUAUCCACCUCCUGUAAUAAAUGGCAGCCAGAAUGUUUACUUGUCUGAAAAUGAGACUCUGGAACUUGAAUUCAACAUAAAUUAUGAAAAACAGUACAAUAUAUCAUUGGUAGUUUUAGAAAAUAACUCCUCUGUUAUAACAAUGUCCAAUGAUACAGUGAUGGUUAAAUUAACUGCAAGCGGCGAAAAUAUAUCAGCUGCAUUCCUGAUUACCUCGGACAUAGGCCAUAAAACCCAAACAUUCAAAUUAAAUAUAAUUGUCUGCCCGAAAUGUGUGAAUGGAAGUUGCGAAGCCGAGAGUCAGUUCAGCAAUCCUUUAAGAGUCUCACAAUAUUUACCUUGUACUUGCAACGCUGGAUGGGCAGGUGAUGAUUGCUCAUUUGACAAUCGGUGCGCCCCAUUUGAUUGCACCAAUGCAAGUACCCUCGAGAGAUGCAUAUGUAAAUGCCCAGGAGGUUAUGAGUAUAAAGAUGACAAGUGUGUAGAGAUCAACGAAUGUCUUACACAGUCACCAUGCGAACAAAACUGUAUUAAUACCCAAGGAAGUUACUCUUGCUCGUGUAACCCUGGUUAUAUUAGGAAUGGCGACAAUUGUACAGAUUUAGACGAGUGCAAAGAACAAAAUGACUGCCAGCACAAUUGCGCGAAUACCAACGGGUCAUACAGCUGUAGUUGUCGCCCUGGUUAUGCACUGAAUGCAGAUGGCAAGACAUGUGACAAAGAUGCAUCAUUGAACUGUAGUAGCUGCUCUGCUUUCCAUGGAUGUAUGAUUAAUGCGUCAAACAUAACAACGUGUUUUUGUGAUUCGGGUUAUGAUAUGAAUUCUACAGGAUGCUUCGAUACUGACGAAUGUUCAAAAUACUCGGGAAUAUGUGGAAAUGCUACCUGUGUUAACACCGACCCUAGCUACAAAUGUGAGUGUAGUGAGGGAUACAUUUAUGAUAAAAGUGAAAAAACUUGUGCCGAUUGUCCGAAGGAGAAUUAUGGAAAAAAUUGCAACAAAACAUGCCACCCUUUAUGUGUGGCUUGUGAUAAAAUAAACGGCUGUGUUUGUGAAAGCGGUAAGAAAGGAGACAACUGUUCUAUAGAUAUCAAUGAAUGUCUAUUAUCAAGCAGUGUGUGCGAUCUUAAUACAACUACAUGCGAAAAUGUAUUUGGAUCAUAUUAUUGCAAAUGUAUCGCUGGUUAUAGUAAGACGACUGAUACCAGAUGUGUAGACAUUGAUGAAUGUGCCGAGAGAAAAGCACACUGUUCUGCAAACGCUAUUUGUACCAACACGAUAGGAAGCUAUAAAUGCACAUGUAAAAAAGGAUUUUCAGGAAAUGGUUCCAUCUGCGACGAUAUUAACGAAUGUAAUGAAACAUUAACGAAUGUAAAGCACAACUGCAGCCAAAUUUGCGAGGACACAGACGGUUCUUACGCCUGUAAAUGCAGACCAGGCUACCACAUUGCAGACGACAGAGUCUCUUGCUUAUAUCAUGGUGAUGACAUGUGCAUAAUCAACCAAAACGUUUGUUCCGUAAAUGCCAUAUGUUCUAGCUUGAACGAAAAUUAUACUUGUACUUGUAAAGAUGGAUUUGAAGGAGACGGUUUCACUUGUAAAGAUAUCAACGAGUGCGAAAGGAAAGAAUAUAAAAACUGUUCAAUUCACGGUGAAUGCACGAACAAUUUAGGAAGUUAUAAUUGUACGUGUAAGACAGGUUGGACGGGAGAUGGAUUCAACUGUACAGCUCUUGCUGAGAAUUUCGAUGAGCAAUUGAUUUAUAUCAUAGUUGGAGUUAUAAUGGCAUUGCUUGUGUGGUUGGUUAUUAUGAUCUUCUGCGUUUGGUGUUGCUGCUUCGGAGGUUAUAAACGCUAUCGCACUCGCCACGAAAUGCUAACUUCUACAUUGGACUACGACCCUUACAACGUCCAACAAGGAUUUGGUUCACUAUCGUCAACGUUCAAUGGUAGAGGACGAGGAAGAUAUUACUUUGGAAAAUUCCUAGGUACCAAAUAUCUUCGAAAUUGGGCCGAGUUCAGUCCGGAUGCAGGAGAGGAUCCGAUGCCAGGAACUUCUUCAGAUUCGAUAAACCAAAGUUCAACAAAUCUCAGCGACUCAAGAUGGAAACGCGUUUUGGAGAAAGUAAAUAAAACAGAAGUUUUCCAUAUAGACAGACCAGAAAUUUCAACACGAAGUUACUUCUCAUAAAAAGAAAGAAGAAAAAGAGGAAAGAAUCACGGUUUUUCCAACAUAAAGAUGAAUCACUGCAGAGAAUAAUUUUGCGUAAAGAUAAUUCAAAGAAAGUAUAAUAAUAACAAUUCAAGAAUUUCUGAAUCACUGAAUGGGUGAAUGUGAGGAUGUAAGGAUGUAAGGAAGAAUAAUUUGAAGAAACUUUUUUGAAAUUCACUUACUUUACGAAAAAAAUUGAAGAUUGAUCAAAUCAGGA